CUGACGUAUUUGCUAACUUUACUUUCGUCGUCUAGGACGCUGUUCUCACGAAAACAAAGCAGAGAAGACGAAGAAUUAUAGUUUUCUAGAGGAUAAAGGCGAAGAGUGAGUUACAUUUCGAUUUGAAAAUACUUUUCAUUUAUCGUCUAUAUAAGUUACGAGUUGAGAAAAUGGGCCGCAUCUUCCUGGAUCACAUCGGCGGGAGUCGCCUCUUCUCCUGUGCCAAUUGUGACACCAUUCUGACCAACCGUGCUGAACUCAUCUCAACGCGCUUCACAGGGGCAACUGGCAGAGCUUUCCUCUUUAAUAAGGUUGUGAAUCUGCAGCAUAGUGAGGUUCAGGACAGAGUCAUGCUGACGGGAAGACACAUGGUGCGAGACGUCAGCUGCAAGAACUGCAACAGCAAGCUGGGCUGGAUGUACGAGUUUGCCACCGAGGAGAGUCAGCGAUACAAGGAGGGCCGAAUAAUCCUGGAGAGGGCAUUGGUGAGGGAGAGCGAAGGCUUCGAGCACGUUCCAUCGGACACCUCUUGAGUUUCUUUAUCCAUUGGUGUGCUUACCGUCAUGCAGCUUUUACCUCCAGCAGUAGUACACACCCUUGCAUGGACAGUGAUCUUUUUGUGAGUAGAGCUGCACCAGAAUAAAAUCCUGAUCUGGGUGAAAUCAGAGUUAAGGGUGAACUGUGUUGCUGUUUUUGCCCAUUUCAAAUUUCCUACAGAUUCAUUGCAUGCCCAGUAGGCUGCAGUGUUGUUUAGGUUUGGUGGGAGAUCAGCUGUUACUCCCAGAUGAGGAGGAUUUUCUCCUAAAUUAACGUAUGAAGUUCAGACAAAGGUUGGGCUUUAAGUUUAAUGACUGAAACAGUUAAGAUUAUUGAUGCAUUUUUGCUCCAGUUACCCUUGUUUAAAGGGUGAGUAACAAUUUCUUUUGAAACACAUAUUUCUAGUUCUUUUCGGUGUGAAUCUUUGCUUAUUUCGUUAUUUAUGCUGUUCAGAGAAACAGUUGUUAGUUUGGGCCUGUAAAAUUUUAUUAUUUUAACUUAUCGCAAUAAAAUGCAUUUCAGCAAAACAAACAUAACAUGCUUCGCAUCUGUCAGUUUCCUGCAACCAAAAUUUGUUAUUUAAAUAUGGAUUUCAGUGCACAGCUAAUACAAAGCUCGUCUUUCAAAUAUUACAUAAUUUUUUUUAAUGCCUACUUCAUUUGUAUUGUUUCAUUUAUUAUUUUUUAGAAUAACGUAAUAAAAUCCUAGUUAUUCCAAGAA